CGUUUGUGUUUUUUGGUUUGGUUGGCUUAAUAUCACAGACGACAAAUGAUUAAAUAAAGCUUGUCCAGUGUCCUUAUUAUUGUUUAUUUUAGUAUUUUUAGUUCUAUCAAAUAACAUACUAGAUUAAUAAAAAUCUAGAAUAACAUAUUAAGAAGAUGUACCCAGAAGACAAUGAGUUUCAAAAAUACGCCUCUACCUAUGAUCCUAUAAAAAUCGGAUCUAUAGACGGAACGGAUACGGAGGCUCACGACCGCGCCGUACUGCGAGCCGUGCACGCAGAGUAUGUUCCUAACAAAUUAGUGGAAGGUGAUCCGCGGCACACCAUAUUUGUAGCGCGUCUCAACCCUAGGACUACACAGGAAACAAUUUUCACAGAAUUUUCUAAAUUUGGCAAAAUAAUAAACUGUCGCUUGGUGAGAGACAUUGUGACGGGCAAAUCCAAGCAAUAUGCAUUCAUUGAAUAUGAAUCCUCGUCUGGAGUUGAUCGGGCUUUGAGAGAGAUGCAUCAUGAGUACAUCGAAGGAGCAGAUGUCAUUGUGGAACUGGAGGCAGAGAGAAGGCUGGAAGGGUGGAAGCCACGGAGGCUGGGGGGUGGUUUUGGGGGAAAAAAAGAAUCAGGGCAACUCAGAUUUGGUUGUAGAGACAGACCAUUUAGGAAACCUUUUAUAGUGACCUCUAAGAAUGAUGGCAAUCAAUAG